CAGCUUCGUUAACGAGUUUGCAGCCCAGUUGAAUCUCUUCUCGCAGUCGGGUCACUUCCUUUGUUUGUUUAUUUUUGGCGCGAGCGGCGCUGCGCGCAGGGAGGGGGUCCCGUCCGGUCCCGACCCUCCACCGCCAGCUGUGGCGUCACCUGGAAGUAGUCACGCUGGGCGGGGUGACCCGGGAACAACAAGAUGGCGGAGAGUUUCGGGUAGGCAAAAAAGAAAAACAUUGACGGCGUCUUACUUUCUGUCAACAUUGCAACAUCCCCUGAGUCGGCCUACAUGAAGUCCCUGUUGCCCUCUGAUGUGAGGGGGGCCGCCUUAGUGACCUCGCACACAUCUCUGUUUGCAGAAGUCGGCUGAGUAACGCAGACUUCAGCCCGUUAGUCCGGUGAAACAGCCACAUGUGGCGCGACAACAAAGAGGAAUUCAGCAUGAAUCUCCAGCAGCCGGCACCUCUCGUCCCCCCCGUCCACCCUGACGUGCAGAUGAAGCCGCUGCCCUUCUAUGACGUGCUGGACGUCCUGAUCAAGCCUUCAAGUCUAGGAGCGAGUCCUGCACAGAGGCACCACCAAGAAAAAUAUUUCAUCUUUGCCUUGACGCCACAGCAAGUUCGGGAGGUGUGCAUAUCCAGGGACUUUCUACCAGGUGGCCGAAGGGACUAUAUGGUUCAGAUUCAGCUGAGGUUUUGCUUGUCAGAGACGAGUUGCCCUCAAGAGGAUAACUACCCAAACAGUCUUUGUAUAAAGGUUAAUGGGAAACUUUUCCCUCUGCCAGGUUACGCACCGCCACCGAAAAACGGCGUGGAACAGAAGAGACCUGGAAGAUCUCUAAACAUCACCUCUCUUGUCCGACUCUCCUCCGCGGUCCCCAAUCAGAUAUCAGUCACAUGGGCGCCUGAAAUUGGCAAAACCUAUUCCAUGUCUGUGUACCUGGUGAGGCAGCUGACGUCACCGCUGCUGCUGCAGAGGCUGAGGAUGAAGGGCAUCAGGAACCCGGACCACUCCAGAGCGCUAAUCAAAGAGAAGCUGACAGCAGAUCCGGACAGCGAGGUGGCCACAACAAGCCUCCGAGUCUCACUCAUGUGCCCGCUGGGUAAGAUGCGGCUGACGGCGCCGUGCCGGGCGGUGACCUGCUCCCACCUGCAGUGUUUCGACGCUGCCCUUUACCUGCAGAUGAACGAAAAGAAGCCCACCUGGAUCUGUCCCGUGUGCGACAAGAAAGCCGCGUACGAGAGUCUCAUCAUCGACGGUUUGUUCUUGGAGAUCCUGAACGACUGCUCCGAUGUGGAUGAGAUCAAGUUCCAGGAAGACGGAACUUGGUGUCCCAUGAGACCAAAGAAAGAGGCCGUCAAAGUGUCCUCUCAGUCGGUUCCCAAAAUUGAGACCUUGGCUCCCUUACGGCAGUCAUCAGCGGUGCCUCAUUCUACGGAGUCCGGCACCGCCAAGAAGGCCGACGUGAUCGACCUGACCCUGGAGAGCUCCUCGUCCUCCUCGGACGAAGAGGACUCGGACCCUCCGCUGAAGAAGCGCUGCGUUUACAUUUGCAAGAACGAGGAGAUGCACGCGAAGGGCGUGCUGACCUACCAGCCCACCGUGCGCGUGCCCAACGUCCAGGCCCUGGACCCGUCCUACCUGACCUCCACGCUGGCCGACUACGCAGUCCCCUUCCACCCGUCCACCCUGGCCAGCAUCCCAACAGACAUGCAGAGUCUGGAUUUGUUUUCCUUAAUUCAAGGAGAUCCUCAGAUCAACUUGUUUUUGCCCGAGCAGCACUACCGGCCUCAGAUGUUCCUGGACAACCUGACCAGCAGCAUGCAGAGCGCGGCCAGCACCAGCUCGGCCCUGGUCUCCUCCUCCAGCAGCCACUACGACACCGGCGGCCACGAGACCCGGGUCAUCGCGGGAGGAGGGGGCGGCGGCGGCGGAGGGACGGACAGCGGCCUAUCGGAUAUCAUUUCACUAGACUGAGCCGCGACUCACUGGACCUCUGCGGGCUCGUUUCCCGUGGUCUUUUUUUUAGUGUACAUGCCUUUUUUUUAAUACCCAGAAGCACUCAAACUGGUAAACAUCAGCAUUUUGAUGGCCUGAGCAUUUUUACAAUGUUACAAACUGUUUUGAGGUAGUUCCCCGUAACUGUGGGUAAUUGUGGGUAAAUACUUGUGUGCUGUCGUGGUUGCAGUGUUUUAAUCACACGAGAGCAAACCAAUGAUUGAGUUCGCCUUCGUUUAGUCCAAUAUUCCCCGAGGGUUUAACCUUCGUAUAGACAAACACAUCCCCACUGUUUUAGUCUUGGUUUAGUACAACGUUCUUUGCUUAUUUAAACUUUGGCCUGGUCCAAUAACAACCAGGUAUGUGCAUUUGUAUGGCCUGAGCAGCUAGUCUCUUGGCAUACAGGUGUAGAAAUAUUCCUCCCUGGCAGAUAAAUGUCGGGACCCCCCCCCCCCCCCCCUGUUGUUCUGGCAUUGGAAAUAUUUAGGUCAUUGAAGUCGUCAUUUAACCAAUUAGUUUCUUUGCACAUUCACGUAACUCUGACUUUGGCCUUUUUUCACCUGGUUGACGUGUGCGUCUUCAGCACCGACCCCAGUCGGGACGGGUGGAGGGGGGGGGGCCCGGCGCUCCCACCGAGGCCCUGGUACAAAGCGGGGAGCCCCACGGUGAGAAAGACUUGUGGACCGACGGACGUGCUGUCCACUGGGACCAGAGGGGACACGUCAGGGACUCGAAGCGUCUUCAUUUGGUGUUCAAAGCGCUCACUCAUUACUUCAGCGAGGUCGGUCACGGGGCAGCUCUCACGUCACGCUGACAGAAAAUGUUCCUUUUGUAAUUUUAGUCGGAGCAAUAAUCAUUUAACCAGUUCUGGGUUGAAUCGAGUUGUAAAUGUAGUUCAGAAACGCUGCAGCACUCUGAUUCCCGAGUCCGCUCCCGGGCCUCCACAUGCAGUCACUGUAUUUCCUCGUACGAGUUGCAAACGUGCUGUUUGUUUUGUGUCAAAUCUUUGGCAUUUCCGCUCAUUGGCUUCCUUUCCGACAUCAAGGCGGUCAGGUGCAUGGUGUGUAUCUCCUUUAUCGGCCGCUCUGGAAGAAAAUCGGACGUGUGGAAUGUGGAAGUGUACAUUGUUAUUGUUAUUUUUUCCCCUACAAAUGUGUGCAUCAGCUUUUACCAGCGAGAGACGGUUCUGAGGAUUUAUGACAUAAUGUGAAAUGAGGGUUUGUUCGGUUCCUGUUGCCAAAGGUGUGAUCUUCAGCUAACAUCUUUCUUAAAGUCCACUCUGUAACUUGGCCUCCAUUGUGCUUUUGAUUUUGUCGUGUUUCAUUUUGAUGCAACGCGUCGCCGGGUGCUCUGCGUAAACACCUUAACGUCGGCCCGCUCCGUCCAAAGCGAGCCGCGGAGACGAAGGACGACCAGCGGGGCGGCUGCUGCGUCCUAGGAACCGUCUCUGCAUCGCUGACUCUCAGCCACCAGGAGCCAAAUCUCAGGGACCUGAACCUCACUCGUCCGGACUCAGUGGCCCACGCAGACUAAACUACUCUGAGCGAUGCUGCCAGUAUCUGAAACACAGAGAGAUUUUAGGCCAGUGUAUCUAUUCAAUUUAAGCAUCAAACACACAAAAUACAAAAAAUAUCCUUUGGUUUUAAA